AUGGAAACAUUAAGUCGAAUCAGCAGCACUUUCGAAAGCGUAAGAUCAAAUAUAAAGAACAGGAACUCAUCUGAGCGCCUCCAAAAUUUGAAGAAAGAUAUCCAAACCCUUACCAAUGAGCUGAUCGUCUUAGGUAAGGAGAACCAUGACCAGUACAUAAGGUCUUUGGCUAUGGAAGGCUACCUUGCCCUUCUUUCUGCUAAAACGAUGCCCUUAUCCUAUGUUGAGAAAAAAAACAUACUCCAAACGUCAUUUGAAAAACUGAAACAGUAUGCACUCAGAGAGGAAUGCCUUUUCAUAAUGUUGAGAAUACAGAAUCUUCUAUGCUACUACAUGAUUCAGUUAGACCAGAUCGCUGACGCCCGUGAGAUCCUUGAGAAUAUGGAAGACUUGUACGACCAAAUCAGCAAAUCUGAGCCAGACAAAUUUCUUGAUGCUGAAGACCUAUUCACAGUUGAGCCAGUGAGUAACAUCAAACGCGUGAAUCCUGAGAAAAUAGACAAAGUCAUCACUAACAACGUUCAAAUGCAAGCAUUUCUGUACAAUAAAAUGAACUUGCCUCACAAAUACACUUUAUAUAACCAUACGGCUCUUCGUAGGCAAUUGGAAAUGAAAGAAGGUACUCCACAAGACUGGGCCUUGCGGACUGCGCGGCUUGGAAAUUACUUCACUUACCUAAACCAAAUUGGCAAUGCCCGCCAUCACCUGUGCGCCGCCUACCACGUAUUGAGGACCUGCCAUGAUAACUGCAAACUUAUGCCUGAAGAAUUCGUGUUGCAGAAAGCAGAUUUUGAAAUCCACUUCUUGGAGUUGAGCCAUCACUGGGUCAAAUAUGGAUUGACGCUCUUCAAAAUGUCUAAAAAGAAGAUUCUGAAUAAAUAUUUCACCCAACCUUCAACGGGAGCAGAUUUAUGGAAGACGGUGGACUUGCUGGAAGACAGGCUGCACAGCUCGGAGAAGCUCGAUGAGGAAAAUAUGAAAGAUCUGGGGGCUGAAAAAUCCGGCAAGGGAGAUUGCACCCCAGAGAAAUUGUUCACCUUCCCGUCUCUGGAUUUGAAAGAGAUGGAAGGCAAAGUUCCGCUAGAAAGCGUUUGCAGCGUUGAGGAUGCUAGAAAGUUGUUUGCCUUCACUUACAAGUGGUUGAUGAGGGCUAAGCAUUACUACGACUUUGAGCAUCAUUCAGCUCAGUAUAUAUCAUGCUCCUUGCAACUAGCGGAACUGUAUGAGCACUUGGCUUUCUUCGAACGUAAUAUUGACAACCAGUACAGCAUCCAAAAGAGACGUGCCAAUGUUCUGGAGACGCUAAAUUCCUUGUUGAAAACUUGUGACAACGUGAUGUCGGUCCAGAUCGACGUAAUCAGGGAGCUGUCUCAGGUGCAGCUGGAGCUGAUGGCGCUCAACUUGCAAAAGUUGUGGCGUGAAGAGUCUCAUACCAAUAUAUUUAAUAUGGACACUGAUGCGGACUCUAUCAUCAACUCUCUGGAUUCGGAAUCCAACAAGACUCUGACAGAGAAGACUUUGAACACAUCUAGUAAGAACAUGUUUUUAAGGAAAAUGGAAGCUGCGACUUCUAUCAAUGGGAAGUUGUUCCGGCUAAGCGGGCAGCUGGUGGCACGCACACCGUCGCAACUUAGCUUCAGUACAGGAAUUCUAAAGAACUAA